AUGCUGUGGCGCGCGUCGCUGUCGUUCCUCGUCCUCCUGUGCCUGCUGGCCGCGGCGCUCGGCCGCGACUACUACGAUGUCCUCGGGCUGACGCGCGCCGCGAACGAGCAGCAGAUCAAGCGCGCGUACCGCAAGCUCGCGCUCAAGUACCACCCGGACAAGGCGGGGGACGACCCGGAGUCGCAGAAGAAGUUCGCGGAGAUCAACAACGCGUACGAGGUCCUGUCCGACGAGGAGAAGCGCCGGAUAUACGACAGGCACGGCGAGGACGGCCUCAAGCAGCAUCAGCAGCGUGGCGGCGGCGGCGGGGGCCACUCGGCGCACGACGUCUUCAACAGCUUCUUCGGCGGCUUCGGCGGGUUCGGGGGCUUCGGCGGCGGCGCGCCCGACGAGCCCGAGGUCCUCAAGGGCGGCGACGUCACGACCGAGGUGCACGCGACGCUCCGGGAGCUCUACCUGGGCGCCGAGAUGCACGUGCUGCGCGAGAAGGGCGUGAUCAAGCCGGCGCCCGGGAAGCGCAAGUGCAACUGCCAGAACAAGAUGAUGACGCGGCAGCUCGGCCCCGGGAUGUUCCAGCAGUACACGAAGCUCGUGUGCGAGGAGUGCGACAACGUGCGGCUGGUGGCGGAGCAGGAGGACAUCGCGGUGCACAUCGAGCCCGGGAUGCGCGACGGCGACGUGAUCGAGUACUUCGAGGAGGGCGAGGCGAAGAUCGACGGGCAGCCGGGCGACCUGAAGCUGGUGGUGCGCCAGGUGCCGCACCCGCGCUUCCGCCGGGACGGCAACGACCUGCACGUGGACGCGACGGUGACGCUCGCGGACGCGCUCGUGGGGUUCGAGAAGCAGGUGCGGCACCUGGACGGGCGGCUCGUGAGGCUGGACCGCGUGGGCGCGGUGACCAAGCCCGGGGAGGUGAUCACGGUGCGCGGGGAGGGCAUGCCGCUGGCGGACGCGCCGGCGUCGCGCGGGGACCUGCACGUGCACAUCACGGUGGCGUUCCCGGACAAGCUCAGCAAGGCGCAGGCGGACGUCGUGCGGAACGGCUUCCGCGCGUGA